CUGCUAGUGCUCAGUCCUCGCCCUCUCGCUUUCCGAGGGAGCCUUUGCCUUUCCCCUCCGCCCGCCAGCCAUUAAUGGCGGCGGCAUCUCCAUCCACUCCCCCCUCGCCCCCCUCCCACUGCUGCUACUUCUAGAAGCGCUGGUGGCAGGGCAGGCGGUAUCCCGGCCGCUGGCGCUGGCGCGAGAGUUGGUUGGUGGUGGUCUUCAGCCCCCCUCGCUCUUCAGGUUUAGGGUGGAGCGAUCCGUGCAGGCCAACGCGGGGUGCGUGACCCAGAAAGGGAAACCGCCGGCUUUUUCUCUUCUGCCGCCCCGCUUUUCCAAUCCCUCCUCAACCUCAUCCGCCCCCGCCCGCACCCCGCAGGCACCAUCACCAAAAAGGUCCCCGCCUUCUUCUUCUUCUUCUUCUUCUCCUCUGCCCCUGCUUGUCGUUUGCUCGUGCUCCCCCACCCCCUUUCUGAUUCAGCAAGGGUUCCUUCCGCGGCGCGGCGCGUCGCCAUGGGCAACUGCUGGGGCGCCAAGAUCAGCUCCGACAGCCCGUCCCGCGGCGCCUCAUCCCCGUCAGGGACGGCGUCCAAGUUGGCGAGCAGGAACGGGGCGGCGGCAGCCCUGAGCGGGUGCAGCAGCCACGCGUCGUCCGCGUCCAUGCUGCCGACGCCCCGCAGCGAGGACGAGAUCCUGGAGUCGGCCAACGUCAGGGCCUUCAGCUUCAACGAGCUGAGGACCGCCACCAGGAACUUCAGGCCGGACAGCGUGCUGGGCGAGGGCGGGUUCGGAUCCGUCUUCAAGGGCUGGGUCGACGAGAAGACGCUCGCCCCGGCUAGGCCCGGCACGGGGAUGGUCAUUGCCGUCAAGAAGCUCAACCAGGAUGGAUACCAGGGCCACAAGGAGUGGCUGACUGAAGUGAACUACCUUGGAACGCUGUCGCACCCCUACCUUGUGAAGCUCGUUGGCUACUGCCUCGAGGACGAACAGCGCCUCCUCGUCUACGAGUUCAUGCCACGCGGGAGUCUGGAGAACCAUCUGUUCAGGAGGAGCUCCUAUUUCCAGCCGCUGUCCUGGAACCUACGGAUGAAGAUUGCGCUCGGAGCAGCUAAAGGCCUCGCGUAUCUCCACAGCGACGAGGCUAAAGUCAUCUACCGUGACUUCAAGACAUCUAAUGUCCUUCUAGAUGCGAACUUCAAUGCAAAGCUCUCUGAUUUCGGGCUGGCGAAGGAUGGUCCGACCGGCGACAAGAGCCAUGUCUCCACUAGGGUGAUGGGGACUCACGGGUAUGCAGCUCCAGAAUACCUUGCGACAGGUCAUCUGACCACCAAGAGCGACGUGUACAGCUUUGGGGUGGUGCUCCUAGAGAUGCUGUCAGGGCGGCGGGCGCUGGACAAGAACCGCCCGAACGGGGAGCACAACCUGGUGGAGUGGGCUAGGCCAUACCUGAGAAGCAAGCGGCGCAUAUUUCGCAUCCUGGACCCACGGCUGGGCGGGCAGUACUCCCUUGCCAGGGCGCAGAAGGCUGCGGCGCUCGCCCUGCAAUGCCUCUCGGUGGAGUCCAGGCACAGGCCCAGCAUGGACGAGGUGGUCACAGCGUUAGAGCAGCUCCAGGACACCAAAGAAGGAGGUAACCAUCACCUACAGAAGAGGCCAGGCAGCCGGAGCUUGGAUAACAAUGGCGGCAAAGCGGCAGGGAAGGGGAAGCCUGCUCCUCAUGUAAAACCAGUUUGAGUGAUUGGAUUUUAUAUGCCAGAGUAUCUCUCUUUUUUUUUCCCAUCCAUUUGUAGGUGUAGGUAAUAUAGUAGGGUUCUUAGAGGGAUUUGUAAAGAGGCAGGCAGAGUUCUGGAUGUUUUCUGUCUAUUAUGUAGUUUUUUUUACA